AAAACACGCCCCUGCCAUGUCACUCUUUCGGUCCAUCCAACUUUUGCCAGUCAUUCGUUGACAUUUUUUGUCUUGCUGUUGGGCUCUUGGUCAGUGAACACAAGAGUACCGUUCAUUCUUUUUUUCCUUAUCUUUAUUUCAACCUUCUUUUUUUCCAUUUUAUUCGGCUCAUUUUUCUGAUCCAUUUCAUUGUGGACGUCCCGCCCGUCUCAACAUUCCUUUUCGUGACGACUCCUUUUUUACGGUCUUUGUGCCUUUCGUGUUGGUGGCACCUGGGUCUUUUUUUACUUUUUUCUAUUGGUUUUAUUUUUAAAAAAUAACGACCCCCUCGUUCGUUCAGUUAUUGGUGUCUGAUUCGAUCUGAUUUCACCUCCCCCCUUUUCCCCCAAUCCAAUAUCCAUACCCUCGAAUUUUGCUUCCGACGACCUCGAAAUCGCUGUACCGUUGGCCUUGGGCCUGUCGUCGCGAACCCUAAACAAUGAGGGCCUCCUCACUGUUUGGGCCGGCGGCGGCUGGUUUAUGGACCGCCUUGAUUGGGCUAGCUGCCUCAGAGGUGUCGUUUGAUUCCGUCUCCGAACCGAAGCUGGAUCUCGCGCCGCUGGGUCAGAUCGCCCUGACAGGAGACUUCGCCGCCGUCUCCCUCUACAACUACGAAGAUCAGACCGAGUCCGAUUCGUCCAAAAACGGCUCCCAGUCCAUCCUCAUACCCCUCCCGAAUGGAGGCCUCACGUCAAUAUCCUCCUCGGACGGGGAAAUCCGUGCCGUCUGCUCGUUCACCCAGAAAGAUGGAACCGAUAGGGGCCUGUUCGUUGCCGGAAACUUCACGAAACUGGGCGGCGUGAAGGCGCAGGGCGCGGCGCUGUUGGAUCCCAAAUCGAAGAAAGUGACCGCCUUGCCAGGAUUGCGGGGUUCAGUGUCUGCACUGCUGUGCGAUCAGGAAACUGACAGCGUUUACGCGGGCGGCAAUUUGAAGUACAAAGACACGUCGAAUGUGGUGGCGUGGACCGGCAGUGACGGGUGGAAAAGUCUCCCGUUUGAUGGACUGAAUGGACCGGUCACCUCGAUCUUGAAGAACUCCGACGGCCACAUCGUCUUUGGAGGCUCGUUCGACGGCGUGGGCAAUGCGACAUCGUCCAAAAAGCACCAGCAGAUCGUCAACCUCGACAGCGCCAAAGUUACGUCCGAUGCGGAAUCCCCCCAGGGUGGGUUCAGCGACCCUCGCAACAUCAUCUGCCAGGCAGGUGGAGGUGACGGCGAGGGAAAGACGUGGCUACUGAACGACAACUCCCCCGGAUUCUGGCGCGGGGACAUGGGCUUCCAGUACACCCCCACCAAGAUCCGGCUGUACAAUACCCAUUUCGAAGGAAGAGGCACCAAAACCUUUAUGCUCCGCGCGCUCCCCGAUAAUGGGAUUAUGAACCUCACCUACACCGAUCCGAACACGAACAAGAAGGCCUUCUGCGACCAGACCUGUGAGCUUUCGCAUGACGACAGUGAGGAAUAUAGAGAUUUCGAAUUCGUCAAUUCCAUCGCCAUGCAGGGGUUCAUGUUGGAGAUCAAGGAUUGGUACGGACCCGGUGCCGGCCUGAACGGCAUCCAGCUCUUCUCGAAAGAUAUCCUUGCAUACGCUGUGAACGACUUCAACGAACCGUCCUGCGGGGGCAUCGAGAACCAGUCCAAAUCGACGAAGAAGGGCUCGUGGUCCGCAUCGAGCACGGAUCAGUCGUCCUCGGGCUUUUUGACCGCCAAAGUCUCUGAUGCCUCUGCGUCUGAUACCGAGGUCGUCCUCCAGCCCGAUGUCAAGCAGCCUGGAGAGUAUGCCAUCCUCCUGUACACCCCCGGAUGCCAGCAGGACGGCACCUGCGACUCGCGCGGGGCCGUCAACGUCAAAGCUACGCCGACGAGCGAUGCGGCGGAUCCGAUCGAAACGGAGAUCUACCAGACGAACCUAUUCGACAAGUACGAUACCAUCUACACCGGUCACGUGGAUGCCAGCGAGGAUGGGUUCCGUCCCCGGGUCGUUUUGACGCCCAAGGGCGGUCAGGGCGAUCAGACCGUGGUUGCAUCGAAGGUCAAGUUCCAACUGAUCAAGGCCUCCAAAGGGUUGAGUGGCGAGUUGAACGGUAUCUACGAGUUCGACCCGGCCUCGAAAGAGCUCGACACCGAUUUCACCAAGUCGGCGACCAACCGCAUCGGCUUAGAGCUGGAUGGCAAAGCCUCCAUCGAGGCGCUGGAAAGCCAUGAUAACGUGAUCUUUGCGGGUGGUGAUUUCUCCAGCGCCGACCUGAGCAACAUUCUCUUCUACGAACCAGACGGGAACGCUACGGCGCUGCCCAGGAAGGGACUGAACUCCGAGGUGUCUUCCAUGUCCGUCGUGGACAAGGUCCUGUAUGUGGGAGGCAACUUCACCGAUACGGCGGCCGGUGGCGACGAAGGUCUCAACCACAUCGCGGCGUUUUCGCUCGAUGACAACAAGUGGUCCGCGCUGGGCGGCGGUGUCAAUGGGCCUGUCAGCCAGGUGGUCUCGCUGUCGCUGAAUGUGUCCUCCAAGAUCGACGACACCGAACCCCUGGUCGGCAUUAGCGGUGACUUCGACAAGUUGCUUUCGUUCGACAAGAACCCCUCGACCAAUGCUUCUGGCUUCGCCAUCUGGGUUCCCUCCGAGAAGAACUGGCUGCAGAAUAUCGGUGACAGCGAGAUGACCUUCGGCGGGCACCUGUCGGCUUUCAUCAAGGCAGGCAAUCUGAGCAUCAUCGCCGGUAACGUUGGAUCCGGCGGUCUUGGUGCUGCUGGCGCUGUGGCUUUGCACGAUGACGACAAGCUCAGCCUGGAGCCACUGCUCACCCCCAAGAAGGCCAGUGGCCAGACCUACGCCGGUGUUUACGACAAGUCCGAUGGUCGCAACCUCACGAUCCUGGGUGGUCGCUUCACUGCCAACGGCAGUGACGGCUCUACGGUGGAGAACAUUGCUGUGCUCGAUGGCAAGCACGACACCAUCACGGGCCUGGGAGGCGGCAUCGAUACCAAUUCCACCUUUAUGGCCCUCACCGUGUGGGAGAACACCCUCUACGCCGGCGGUAAUGUUACCGGGGCUCUGGGGAAGACACCGCUCAACGGGUUCAUCGUGUACGACUUGGAGAACAAGACUUUCCCGGAGGCGCAGCCACCCAUGUUCAUGGGCCAAGAUGUAUCCGUCAAUUCCAUCGCCGCCCGCCCCGGUUCGCAGGACAUCUACUUCGGUGGACAUUUCGACAAAGCCGGAGCUCUGCCCUGUCCGGGCGUCUGUUACUUUGACAAGACUGAAGACUCGUGGAACCGACCGGGUGUGUCCCUCGAGGGGUCUGUCCUGGCUCUGAAAUGGGUCAACAAGGAUACCUUGAUGGCCGUUGGAGACCUGCAGGUCGAUCAAAAAGACACGGUGGUCGCCACCUACACGGUCAAGGGACAGAAGUGGAAAGCGUUCGACGGAGCCUCCAAGUCCGACAUUCCCGGAACCGUCACUGCGUUUUCGCCCGCCAGUGCCGAUGUGAACAAGUUCUGGCUCGCCGGAGAGAAGGACGAUGGGACGAGUUUCCUCGUCAACUACGACGGCACUAAAUUUGAGUCCGCUGGGGACGACAUCUUUGACAAGGGAACGACUAUCCGGGGACUCGAGAUCAUUCCUCUGAAAGCGGGCCAUGAAAAGGCCGACCUGCUCCGGAACGAUCAGACCCUCCUGGUCACUGGCCAGCUUAUGAUCCCCGACUUCGGACAUGCGUCGGCCGCUCUGUACGACGGGAGCUCGGUGACGCCUUUCAUUCUGUCGUCUAAGUCCGAUGGAAAGCCGGGCAGUAUGUCUCAGGUGUUCUACGAGAACAAGAACCCUUACACUAGUGAAGGAAAACAUCGUUCGAACGGAAUUGUUGUGCUGGUCUCGUUCUGCUGUGCGCUCGGCUGCGUAUUCCUCAUUGUCAUUGCUGGCAUCAUCUUCAAUAAGAUCCAGCGCCGCCGCCAAGGUUACAUGGCGGCGCCACAAACGGUGGGAACGGACCGGCCGUCGAACAUGCAGCGGUUGCCUCCAGAGUACCUUUUCAACUCGUUGAAACAAGCCAACCCAGGCACGCCCGCGAUAUGAACACUCGACCUUGACAUUCUCCCCCGAAAAGAAACAAAAAAAAAGCAAUCUUGACAUCACUCCGCUUGAUCUUUGUUUGACAUCUCAGAACGGCGUUCUUGGGACACAACCUGAUUUAUACCCUUAGCUUAAUCUUUUUCUUUUUUUGCUCUUGCACUGAUUUGAUUUACCAUUCUAUUCUCCGCCUUUGAUAUCCCAGGAGGUUAUAUUUUCGUGAAGCUUCUUUUUAUUUGAUUCUACUUAUUGCCUUCUUGCAUUUGGCGAUUAUACCCGUCAUCUGAUCCCCCUUUUUUUUCAUCUCACGAUUUGGCUAGGAUAUUUUCUUGUCUAUAACACCCUUGUCGAAAUCCUGUCAUUUUCUUCCCGAACUCUUUGUGUUGAAAGUUAAGUUUUGUACCAUAGUCUCCCAGUUGGGACGACUCCGUGUGUCUAUAUUCAGCUCAGGUGCCUUGC